GCUAUCAGCACACAUCCUCGCCUUGGCAUUUGGAGUUGAGAAGGGAGUGUAGGAAACUCUGCCUUACUACCCACACCCAACUCCAAACCCCGAUACACACUGGUCAGACCAGAAGAAAUAUCCAGACAGGAGGACGAUUCAUAAGCUCAGGUCACAGAUCCUCAUUUGGUGAUCAUCCUUCAGCCAUGUCCUAUCCAAGUGCCCCACCACCAUACAAUGAUCGUGAUCCCUUGAAUAACCCAGGAAUGUACCCUCAGCCUGGUGGCUACCCACCCAGUGGUCCUCCUCAGCCUGGUGGUUAUCCACCCCCUUAUGGGCAACCAUCUGGAUUCUACCCACAGCCAGGUGGAUUCUUUCCCCCUGGAGGGUACCCUCAGCCUGGUGGACACCCAGAACCGGGACAUAAUGAGCCCCCAAAACCAGUGAUGCCGAUGCUGCCUAAUGUGCCUUUCCACGGAGGUGAUGCAAACAUGUACAACACAUCGGAUGGGGAGCAAUUUGGCACGUUUAAUGAUAAAGCAGUUCGUCACGCUUUCAUCCGCAGGGUUUAUGCCAUCAUAUCGGUCCAGUUACUGGUCACUGUCGCCAUCAUCGCUGUCUUCACCUUUGUGGAUCCGGUUUGCACCUUUGUGAAGAGGAAUCCUGCUGUGUACUAUGCAUCAUAUGCUGUUUUCUUUGUCACAUAUAUGGUUCUUGCUUGCUGUCAGGGGCCCAGGAGACGCUUCCCAUGGAAUAUCAUUCUUCUGGCUGUCUUUACUCUUGCUAUGUCCUUUAUGACCGGGACAAUCGCAAGUUUUUACAGUUCAAGAGCUGUUGUGAUCUGCAUUGGAAUAACAGCCAUAGUCAGUAUUGCAGUGACUGUCUUCUGUUUCCAGACAAAGGUCGACUUCACUUCCUGCGGAGGGCUUUUUGCUGUUCUGGGGAUUGUCCUCUUCAUUACGGGCAUUGUGACAGCCAUCGUCCUGUCCUUUAAAUAUAUAUACUGGUUGCACAUGCUGUAUGCUGCUAUUGGUGCCAUAUGCUUCACUCUGUUCCUUGCGUAUGACACUCAGCUGGUGAUCGGAAACCGGAAACACGCCAUCAGUCCGGAGGAGUACAUCUAUGGUGCCAUGCAGAUUUACACAGAUAUUGUCUACAUUUUUAUUAACCUGCUGCAGAUUGUGGGCAGCAGGACGUAGAACAAUCUCCUUCCUGCAGUUCUGAGUGGUCUCAAAUUCCUAUUCUUUUUUCCAGUGAGGCUCCAGUUGUUUCUCACCCCUACAGAUGGGCUGAUGCCGUUCUAUCUGCUUCAGAAAGAUUAGGACUUAGUGAGGGCCACAGUCACUUUUGCAUAUCUCACCCUUUUCUCUAAAUGUAUCAUUACAUGUUUAUUAAGGAGCCAUGGUGCUACUUACCAGCUAGAUCUUAUUGCACUGCUGCCAUCUUGCAGGAAAUAUAGAGAACUGUUGCAAACCUACCAGCUGGAACUUGUCCGUAGCUGUAAGAGACAUGUGCACUACAGAAAGUCUCAAUCUGGUUAUGUUACAAAAUGUUCCUUCCAAUGUGUAACACGACAACCAUAGACACACAAUCUAUUUCAUUAUCCAGAAAAUGGUCAUUUUACUACAGCACCAGCUUCUCUUGGUUUCAUUUGCCUACUGAGCGGCUGAAUUUCCCCAUAUGAACAGCUGGUGCAUACAGUAUCCUGUAUAUAUAAAACCAUAUUGUGUUGCUGUGCAGGCACAUGAAAUACACGUGAGCUCACUGCAGCAUAGUCAUGUAUCGGCCAUGUAAAAACGCACACAUGCAACAUGUAGGUGAAUUAACUGCAAUGCAGCCGGUGCGUGUUGCAUGUUUGGAUUUCCAUAAGUAAUCCAUGGAUUAAAUGAACAGAUCAAUUUAGGGAAAAGCUGUUUCCAUUUGCACAGUGUAUAUAAGUUUCAGUUACUUUAUUGUAAGUUUAGAUGAGUACAGUAUAAGCUGCAUUAAUGCAAGGAGUACUCAGACACACAGUUUGUAUAUACAUGGGUUUGUAUUUUGCACCUGUGGUAUAUUCAAAUUAAGAUGCUAUUAAAGGGGAGAUGAUUUUAAUAGAAAACGGAAGUGUUGGUACAGAUUGACAAUUUGCCAAAUGGUUGAUUAACCCUUACAGACCUUGAAUAUUUUUGCUUUCAUGGUCCAAGUAAACUUUUUGAAAUACUACCAUUCACUAUAGCGUCAGUGAUCCCUAUUUGGAGGAAUAUAUGGUAACUCUACCUUGCAGUGUACCACUACUGCAAAAUAAGCACCCAUAUUUAUACACUGUCACAUAGCUAGGUGUCUGCAAUGCAGCUACUUGUAUGGAUGGGACUUAGACACAAAUGUAUAAACCUCACAAAGCAGUGACUCACAUUUCUCUUCUAUGUAGUUAUAGCAUAUGACACCCAAUGUGCCUUAUUGCAAACUUUGUAUGCUCUGUACCAACUGCUCAAGGCUCAGUUAAGACUACAUUUACGUUUUACAGGAUGUCCUAGUUCUCCAGUGCACACAGUGGAUCGGCCAUUUUGUAUGCACAAGAGUCAGCUGCCUUACAAUUCCCUAUGAAUCAGGGACAUCGCAGCUUCACAAAGCAUCAGUUAUUUCCUAAUUGAUAGCUUGGCUCUAAUCUCAAUGAAUAGUCAUUCAGCCCACUAAAUGGCAGCUUCCACUUUGUGUACAAUUUUAAAACCUGCACUCCUAAAUAUGUUAGCUACACAGCCCAGAAAGGGCAUUAGGAACGUCCGUGUUGUGGAAGUCUAGUUAUAAGGAUAGCGAGAAUAAGCGCAAUUUCUAUAGAUUCAUAACCUUCAGAUUCUCUGUAAAUAGAAAAGUGUUGUCUGAUUUCUAUUGGAUUUGUAGGGCAUGUUUCAGUAUAACUGAAAUAACUCACUUUUUGCUUAAAUGGCACAUGCUAUACCUUACCCAGGCCUGGUGGUACGGUUUCCUGAUAGAGAUAGUAUGUAACACCCUCUACUGACUCAGGUAUUGUACAUUACCUGACAAAAUAUCAGCAAAACAAUUAUUUAGGCUUCUUAUUAGUGCUAAUAUUGUAUACCUACCUACCAACAAUGCUAUAUACAUUUAUGAUAUAUAGGUCAAGUAUUUUAGUGCCAUUUACACAGUAGCACUGUUUUAUAUAUAAACUAUUUUAUCUCUAAGAAAUUGUUGAACCAUGUAAAUAAAAAGUCUGUAGUGAAGAAUAAGUUACAUAUUUCGACAUUUACUAGUAGUGGAGUAGGACAAAGGACUCUGAUAUCUAGCAGAGGAGAGGUUUAUGGAUGUUUUAAGAUGUGUUGCAUUACUUUGUAUUUAUUUGUAAUGUUUGUUACAUUCUGUGUAUGUCACAGCAAAGCAGAGAACUUGUUACAAUGGCUCUGUCCAGUGCACUGGGAUGAAGGGUUAAUGUAUAAAGAUGGUCUUUAUAGGAGUAGAGUCACAGCUGUGGGAGUAGGAUGUAUUGCCUCCUAAUUACACACAGUCCCUAAUAUGUAAUAACCAGAGCUCAAAAAGGAAUUCUCUGUAUACAUUGUCAUCGCUUUUUGCCGGAGGAUGGUGUGGGAAGGGCCCGGUAACAAGAUGUGGUGACUGUGAAACAUGCGCAGUUCUUUUUAUUUCAUAUUUUGAGCAAAUAAAGUUUAUUUACUGCA